CAACGAGCCAUUAGCGACCUGUCUGUGUUAUCGCUGUUAGCAUGUUAACUUUUCUCAUUUAUUGCCCUUACUUACAUCGUUAACAUUAUCAUUUUUCGCGGACGCUCUUGUCAAUCAUACUUCCACACGUGGUGUGGUUAUCAGUUAUCAAGUUUUUCGCGAGCACGUAAGAGAAAAAAAAAACCUCGAUGAAAGUCGUGUCGUAGCAGUUAGCAGCAGCUAACCUCAACAGACGGUGUGUUUAUGAGCUGAACGCUAAUGGCAGACCUGUGGAACACAGACUCCGGGGAGGCUGUGUAUCGGACCCGGGAUGCUGUCAAAAACUUAAAAGUUAAGGUGCGAAUAAAGAGGUUGACCUCCACAGCAGCCCUAACUCAGCACCUCCAGCAGCGGGUUCUGCCCCAGCAGGAAGGAGGAACCAUUGAACUGGAAACCCUCACAUCACAAGGCCUGACCGGUGAUCAUGAGGAGGAACUGGUGGUCGGCUGGCAGGAGAAAUUCUUCAGUCAGUAUGAAAUGGAGCUAUUCCAGAAUGAGGCAGCUUGUCAGACUCCUCUGGACCGGCAGUACCACACAGAGAUCAAGGCCCUGGAGAAGACCAAGGGUCAAAGAAACCACAGGAUAUUCACUUACACGGAUCAUGACCGCUACACCAACUGUCUUCAACUUCACCAGCUGCAAUCCUCUGAUUUAUUGACCCCAACCACAUCCAACCCCACUUUCCUGGCUGAAAGGAUGACCAGCAUACGGCACAGACGACAGGACAGACGCACCAUGGACUCAAAUAUCCCUAAGUCAAAAAUCAUCAACUGGGAGCCAACAGAGGACUUUGUGAAAAGCAGUCAUGUGGUGAACAACGCCAUGCAAACCAUGCACAUCAUGGGAGACCUGGGCCCCCCUGGAAGACUGGGUCAGAAAGAGAAUGAAUAUUUGCUGUUAACCAUAAAAACAGACGGGAAUGGAACAGUCAUUGUAAAACCUGACUUCAACACAGACAGUGAGCCCUACAGGAUUGUUACAGAGGGGGAAAAGAAAGAAGUUUGGCGACUCACAGUCGAGAACGUGUCCUCCGAUAUGAAGCCAGAGGAAAAGGACAGAGAACAGAACAUGUAUAAAGAUCUCUAUGCAAGGCACAAGGAAUACCUCAGUAGCCUUGUUGGGCCAGACUUUGAAGUGCCCCCUGCAGGUAUUCUGCGUUAUAUGCUGAAUGGAGAAAUAGUCUCAGCUCAAGGCUUUGAGUAUGAUAAUUUAUACAUCCACUUCUUCAUGGAACUACCCAACUAUUGGACCAGCUUGCCAUUCCAGCCUCUCUCAGGGGUGACUCAGACCUGCCGGACCAAAACAUUAGGGAAGGAAAAUGUAGCUUUCUUCAGUCACCCCUUCACAUUUGAGGCUUUCUACAUGUGUGGCAAAGAGGCAGAGGAAUCAAUUCCUCAGUGGCCAGUGAUUUUCUUCAAAGUUCUUUCUCUGGACUUCUGGCAGCGCUAUCGGACUGAAGGCUAUGGUUACGUGCUUUUUCCAGCUAUACCUGGUAAACAUACAAUAACAUGCCAUACAUGGAGACCCCUUCAGAUGGGGACAGUCUCUGCACUGAGACGCUUCUUUAUUGGAGGUUCUCCAGAGCUGGAAGACCACAGCUACGUCCGAAUACCAGGGACCUUCAAGGGAGAGCGGCUAAGUCGCCUUGGCUUUUCUACUGAAACCACAGGAAAUGUUACCUUUAAUCUGCACUGCAUCCAGCAAGCCAGGUCUUUUAUUGAUGCCACCAUGAUGAAGAAGAGAAGGCAGAAAGUUUUCGACCAGCUGGGAGGAUUUAGUCAGCAAGGAGCCGUCUGUUCCAUCCUGGAGGCCUUCCACAGAGUCAGAAAAAGGAUGCAAGAGGCCAGAGAAGCCCUUCCCAGAGAACUUAUCAGUGCCACCUCCCAACUCCAAAACGACUCUUCUACAUUGGCGUGAUGAACACUGUAAAACCGUCAAAUGCCACAGACAUACUCAUUUGAGGUCAAGCAUAAAAUGACAUUUGAAAUGUUGCACAUUUGCUAAGAACAAAGAACAAAGACUCAGAGAAAAAGAAUUGUGUCCAAGAAUGCUCACAUGUUGGUUAGGGUAAUAAAUGAGGCAUAAUGAGGAUUUACAGAGUUUAUGCUGUGUUCUGUGUUCACAGCGUGAGUCUUGGGUAAACGGAUGUGUUACAGACAAUAAAACUGUUUUUAUUUUCACAUCUGAAUUGUAUAUUUUUAGACUUAUAACAAGUAUCACGCUUGUUGUCAUAUAUAAACUAUUUAUAUGAACCAUGA